AUGAUGCCUUUAAGCUUCAAAUCACUCGCUUUAGGAUGUUUUCUUAUGUUCAGCCAGUUUUUCACGGCAAUAAGAGCUCAAGAUAUUGUCUUGACAGAUGCCAUUGCAACAGACAAUACUGAUAUUCAAAAAUUAUCACUAUCAGAUUUUACCAAGUAUAUUAAGAGUCACGAUUUGGUUCUAGCGGAAUUUACCAUGCCAUGGUGUCCUCAUUCGAAAAUUCUUCUACCAACUUUAAUGGAAGCUGCCACACGUCUAAAAGAGCAUGAUAUUAAUGUUAUUCAAAUAAAUUGUGAAAAUGAUACUAUGCUAUGUUCUCAUCUGACUAUCGAGAAGUACCCUACUUUGAAAGUUAUCAAGAAACACCGUUUGGGUAAUACCCCUGAAUAUACUGGUACAAGAACUGUUGAUGCCAUAGUUCAAUUUAUGCUAGAUCAGACAACUUCGGCAGUUCACAAGAUCGAAUCAGAUGAAGAAAUGGAAAAUUACUUACAGGAUGUCAAAUUACCCGUUGUUGUUAAUAAUGGGUUAUCGGAACUUUCGAAGGUUUUUGGUGAAACUGCUGAAAAUCUCAUCAAUCAGUUCGUUUUCGUAUCAAAUCCUAAUAAUCAUUCAAAUGAAGUUACUUUGUACAUCCCUAGAUACAAUAUCACUGGUAACUCAACUUCUUUGGAAACAGCAGUAUACGAUGGGUCUGUUGAGGACUUAGUUUCUAAUCCAAAGAAACUCUCAAGCUGGUUGUCAUACUCCAUCUUACCUUAUUUCAUGGAUGGUACUCCUGAAACUUUAGCUUUAUACAUGAAAAGUGACUUACCUUUGGCCUAUUUCUUUUACAGUGAUAGACAUGACUUUGAGAAUUAUAGAGACAUGUUUAAUGACUUAGGUAAAACUUAUCGUGGGAAAAUAAACUUUAUUGCCCUAAACUCGAACAUCGCACAAAAUCAUGUUAAGUUCUUGGAUUUGAAACAACAAUACCCAAUAUUUGUAAUUCACGAUUCAAGUACCAACUUCAGAUAUGCUUUGCCACAAUUGCCAGACGACGAAUACCUGGAGCUCAUAAAGAGAAAUGAAAUGGUACAUGUAGAGAAAGAUGAUAUAUUGAAAUUGGUUGAAGACUUCGCUAAUGGAGAGGCUACGCCAAUAAUGAAAUCUGAAGAAGUCCCUACAGUACAAGAUGGCUUAGUGUAUAAACUGGUCAGUCAAACGCACGAUGAAAUUGUUCACAAUCCUGAAAGGGAUGUCAUAGUUAGAUAUUAUGCACCAUGGUGUUCACAUAGCAAAAGGCUUGCAAAGGUUUUCGAAGAGAUGGCAGGUCUUUUUGCAUCAAAUGAAGAGUUUAAAGAUAAGAUAAUGUUUGCCGAUAUAGAUUCCACCAAGAACGAUUUAAUUAACUUCCCAGUUACGACUUAUCCACUUGUAGCAUUAUACCCCGCAGGCAGUACGGAACCUGUCAUAUUCAGUGGCAUAAGAAUUGCGGAGAAGAUUCUAGAUUUUAUCAAAGAAAAUGGUACCCAUCAUAUUGAUGGCAUUCCACUCCUUGCUGAAAUAAGAGAUGUCGUUAAAUUUGAUGAAAACGGUAAUGUUAUCCAUCCUGAAGAUACCGUUUCAGGUACUUCUUCAGAUACUUCCACAAGCACCUCUGCAGACGCUUCUACAGUGGCACAUGAUGAAUUAUAG